AGUAAUAAGCUGUUUUUAUAUAGAGCCAAAAAAUUAACCUGUCAAUAUAAAUUUAUGAAAAUCAACGAAAAUAUAUGGAAGAAGAGAUAUGUUAUAUCUAAUAACCCUGCACAAUAUAUAAUUUCACAAAAUUUUUUUAAACAACAAAAUAUUUAUUAUUUUUGGUGUACCCAUUUGGACUAUUCGUACUUCACGUCAAAUGACGUCACGAUUUCAAAACACAUUUACCUACACAGGUCUGUGUUUACCUAAUACUUUUAAUGAAGGGUUACUUUUGGAUUUAAGUGUAUAGAAGAUGAUUAAAUCUGCACAUAAAAAUACAGAUAAUGCAUUUUAACUAUUUAUUGUUAAUGUUCGAUCGUAAUUAAUCAAUUUAACUGAGAUAUAUAUGCCUAAAUGGAAUCGCUUAAUAUAGAAACAAUAUAUUCGUUUGACACUGAAUACAGUGCAGAUUCUGUGGAAUGGUGUCCUCAUAAACCCAAUCAAAAUAUAUUUGUAUGUGCAAACUAUCAGUUAAUAGAAAGUACAACAGAUACGUGUACCACUAAACGUUUGGGAAGACUUCUCCUUUUUUCAAUCCAUCAUAGAAAUGGAUUAAAGUUAUUACAAAGAAUAGAUACUCCAGCUAUUUUGGAUCAAAAAUGGUGUCAUAAGAAAAUAGAUAAUGAUUCAAUCCUUGGAGUUGUAAAUGCUGAAAAAUCAGUAUCACUGUAUAAACUUAAUGGUUACACUCUCGAGUUAGAAUUAAUAACAACUUAUAAAGUAGAUUCAGAUACAUCAGAAACACUUGUUCUAUCACUAGAUUGGUCAAAAAGUGUCUCAAACUGUAAUGAAAUUGAAAUUGCUUGUAGUGAUUCUAAAGGAAAUAUUCAUUUACUUGAAUUGGAUAAUAAUAUUUUAGUUUUAAAAGAUAGCUGGCAUGGACAUGAUUUUGAAGCUUGGAUUACCGGAUUUUACUAUUGGGACACUAAUAUAAUUUUUAGUGGUGGUGAUGAUUGCUUAUUUCUGAAAUUUGAUAAAAGAGUUGGAUCACAGCCAAUAUCAAAGAAUAAAAAUCAUGGAGCUGGCGUUACUUCAUUUCACUCCAAUUCUUUUAAAGAAUAUCUUGUAGCAUCAGGAAGUUAUGAUGAACAUGUACGUCUUUGGGAUGUGAGAAAAAUGAAAUCAGAAAUAGAUACUAUAAAAAUGCCUGGUACUCUUUGGAGGUUAAAAUGGGAUCCUUUUGAACAAAAUAAACUAUUAGCAGCAUGUAUGUUAGGAGGAGUGCAUAUAUUAAAUAUUGACACACAUAAUCGAAUGGACUUAAUAGCAAGUUAUUUUGAACAUAAAAACAUCUCAUAUGGUGCCGAUUGGUCAUAUCUUGAUAAAGAUGAAUGUAAUAAAUUUGACAAUGUUGGUGAUUGCAUAAUUGGGAGUUGUUCAUUUUAUGAUCAUUUACUUUGUAUUUCUAAAGUUAAUUUCAAAAUUAAAUGAUAUUUUCCAAA